UUUAGUGCUCGAAAUAUUUUCCAAGUGAAAGCCAAUAUAUCAAGGGAGAAAAACUAUUUUGAAAAAUCAGUUAAACUAAUCGUAAACGGAAUGGCUGAAGUUGAACAAGAAAUCCAAAGAGAAUUACGAAGAUGUACAACACGAGAGGAACGUGAUACAUGUUGGAAGAAAAGUAAAAAAUAUAUUGUGGACACGGCUGAAGAACUCAAGACAAAAAUGGAAGAUGAAGUGCGAACAAUUUCUUUUAAUAAUGAAGAUGGAUCAACAACUCUUGAACAAUGGAAAAAAGACAUGAUUCAUAAAAUUUCUAUGCAAAAACGAAGUCAAGAAAUGUCUGUCAUAGCAUGUUGUGAGGCCACUUUUAACUAUCUACAGCAGCGACAAGAUGUUGAAGAGAUGCAACAAAGUUAUGAAAAGCAGCUUAUGGAGAAAGCAGACUAUUUAAUGUCAGAUCAAAUUGCAAAUGAGGAGGAAGAAUCUAAAAAGAUAUUCGUUGAGAAAGAAUCUAAACAAACCACGGAAAAAAAUUAUUUGAAUGAUUUUGACAAAGAAAAGAAAAACGAGGAAAACAUCACAGAUAAUAUCGUCAAAGAGGAAAACGUAUACACCUCAAAAGAUAGGAUUGAUCAUGUAACGGUUGAGAGGGACUCGAAGCAAACUACGGAGGAAAACAGUUUGGCUGAUAUUUGCAUAAAAGAGAAAAAGGAGAAAAGCGAGAACGUUGAAAACGUCAAAGAUAACAUCAUCCAGAAGGAGAAGGAAAACGCCUCAAAUAUUAGCGUCCAUUGUGUGAAAGGCCGAAAAGAAUUUCGUCAGGAUUUCGAAUUGGGUGUAACUCCCAAUAAAACAGAAAAGAUUUCUCAUAAGAUAAAACAAGAUGCAUUAUCUGAACUCUGCGAACGUUUAGGUCUUAAAACAAAACUUACAUUGAAACAUGCACGUACUUUUGCAACGUUUACUGACGACGAACUGACUUCUCAUGACCAAAUUCCCAGUUAUAUUCUUAAAAUGUUAAUGAUGGCUAAUCACCAAGCACGUGAAUUUAAACUGGAACCAUUAAAAAAAUAUAAAGUUAUUAUAAAAUCAAAUGAUGAUGGUACUGGUGUAAGUGAUAGCGAUGACACGGAUGAAGAUGAUUCCGAUGAUAGUGAUAGUGAUGACGAAAGUGAAGCUGUGGAAGGAAUUAACCCUAUGGAUGCUUUAUUAGGGAUUUUCUAUUGUUCUGACGAUUUCUUGCGACGGGAUCUAGCUGUAAAACUUAGUGAAUGUCAGCUUAGCGUUCCUUUUAUUUUACCUGUUCCUGAUGAUCCAGCAAAAAACCCAACUGUCUUGCUUUCGGCGUUGGAAAAAAUAACAAAAUCUUGGAAAGAUGCCACUUCCGAAGAUUCUUCUAAAGUUGUCUACGCAACGGAACAUCCGUUUCCCGUAGUGUCUUUUAUUCGGCUGGGUAUUGUGACCAUGUCCAAAUCGUCCCUGAUGAAUAAGAUUAUCAGUGAUGGUAAUGGUGAUCAUGAUUUCUUUUUUCAUAAAAAUAUCAAAGGCGGUGAUGUGGAAAGGAAAGUCGUUGAUGGAUUAGUAGAGCUUGUGUGGUAUCUUCCUGGUGGAAACAAGAAGAACUCUUUGCAAAAUGAAAUCUGUUUUACCAAUUUACGUGGAAAUGCUCAGAGUUUCAAAAAGCAAGUUAAUGUACUUCGAGAGAUAUCAAACAUUUUGUGUAUUUUAUUGCCUUCGAAAAUGCCUGACAAACGCAUGAAAAAUUUUUUGGAUGAAGCUAUAAUGUCCAAAGGUAAAACACUUUUGAUUUUUAACGAAAAAAGGCAAAAAGAAGUGAAGAAGUACUACAAAGAUUUAGAGAGGUAUCAUCGUACAAAAUUGUCUUCCUGUACAAAAGCAUCUAAAUCAAAUGUAUAUGAGUUUUUCAAUUAUGUUCGCAAGGUUAUACAAAGCAAUAUAAAAGAGGCUGAAGACAGUAACAAGCAAGAAAGUAAACUGAAAUCUUUAGCAAAUCUCAAAUGCCAAUCAAAGGAAUGUGGUGUUUACUUUGAUGACGACCCAGCUUAUGCCAAAUUGGAAAAAACUGUGGAAAUUUGGAUUUCUGAUGGGAUUCAAAAUGCAAAAAACCUGUUUAAGCUACAAGGUCAUGUACCAAUUUUAGCAGAUUUAGAAAAAAAGAUACAGAAUCCAAAAUUUCGUCCCACUAUAAAACAAGAAGACGUUGUCAAUGAAUUAUACCAAGAACGGGAAAAUGAAGAAAAGGCUCAGAUUGAAUCGUUCAAUAGUAUGAACAAAGAUGUUACUAAAUUCCUUUAUUCCCUAACUGUAAUGAAUGAAUGGGAACUGAAUAGAAAUUUGCAUCAUUUGAAAUAUUUGUUAGACAAAGUUUCUCUAUCUGUGAUGACUGAUUUACAUAAAGAAUAUCGUCGGGCAUUACUUUCUGUUAAAGAACCUACCAAAAACACGCAAAGUGAUAGGCCAGAUUCACAAACCAAGGAAGAAAAGAAUUUAAAUAAACUGGAAGAAUUGAUAUUAAAGUCUUCAUUUGGUUUGGAGCAUAUCAUUAGAGAGAUUGCCCAACUUUAUCAGCUUACUGAUGUUGUAGUGAAUGAUUAUGCUGGUGUUGCAGCGAAAAUUCUUCUUUCCGGAGAGCCUUUGGAAUUGCUGGAUGGUGAUUCAGGUUACAUACCAAUGAAAUGGUUUAAUGCUGUUUAUGAAGAAUUAGAAAUGCAAACAAAUAACGCUAGCAUUUACGUCAUUUCUGUGUUAGGUAUUAAAAGUUCCGGUAAAUCGACAAUGUUAAAUACAAUGUUUUGCUUAGAAUUCCCUGUAAGUGCAGGAAGAUUUACUCGUGGUACUUUUGUUAGUCUUGUUCCAGUUAGUGAGCAUGUUAAAUGUGACUCAAAUUUUGAUUAUGUGCUGAUCAUCGAUACUGAAGGUCUAAAAGGAAUGGCUGACCCAAUAGUGAGAGAACACGAUAAUGAAUUGGCAACUUUUGCUGUUGGUGUGGCUGAUGUCACGAUUGUCAAUAUCUUUGGUGAAAACUAUAAUGAAAUGAAAGAGUUUUUGGCGAUGUCUGUUCAUGCUUUCUUGAAAAUGAAACUUGUUAAAGACAAGAAAUCAUGCAAGAUCGUCCAUCAAAAUGUUGCUGCUAAUGACGCUGCAGAUAAGUUAAUGAUGGAUAGGCGAAAUCUAAAACAAAAUCUAGACCAUAUGGCAAGGCUUGCAGCAAUACAAGAAAAUUGUGAUGAUCAGUUUCAAAAGUUAGAUGAUAUCAUUGCAUUUGACGAAAAUAAAGACGUAUUUUACAUACCAAGUCUAUUGAAAGGAAGUCCUCCCAUGGCUCCGAUAAACCCAAAUUAUGGUAGAGACUUGCAAAAAGUAAAAGAGAAUGUUAUUCAGCAAAUGUGCUCAAAAGAAGUGGUCAAGCUAACUGUUUCUUCAUUCCGUAAACGAGUUAAAGAUCUAUGGCAAGCCAUGCUAAAGGAAAACUUCAUUUUCAGUUUCCGAAAUGUGAUUGAAAUCAGAGCUUAUGCAUCAUUAGAUAAAAAACUUUUCAAAGAAUCAGUAAAACUAAUGGUAAAUGGAAUGGCUGAAAUUGAAAGAAGUAUUGAAAGAGACUUAAAAAGAUGCACAACACGACAAGAACGAAAUAAAUGUUGGAUGAGCAAUAAAAGACGUAUAUUUGCAGAGGCAGAAGAACUCAAGAUGAAAAUGGAGAAAGAAAUGCAGACUUUUUUUGAAAGCAGUGAAGAUAAAUCUACACUCGAGCAAUGGAAAGAAGACGUGAUGGAGAAAAUUAAAAGAUACAAACGAAAUCAGGUAGCGUCUGUUAUAGAAAAUUGUGAGGCAACCUUCCACCAUCUGCAACAACAACAAGAUGUUGAAGAAAUGAAAAAAAUUUUUGAAAUGCAACUUCUGUGUAGAGCAAAAAAAUUAAUGUCAUCUCAAAAAACAAAUGACGAAGAAGAAUGUAAAGCAACAUUUCAAAAAGAAUGGAAACAAUGGAUUGGCGAAGUUCCUCCUUGUGAGGAAGUAAGGCGUGAUGUCAACCAAUAUAUGGUUCAUGUUCUUCUACCAGAAAAUUCUGAUCUCAGAGCUGACAUGUUAAUGAAACUAGAACCAAAAAAGUAUAGAAUUUCUCCUUUUUUUUAUGCUGAUCCUGUCAUUGAUAACAGUAUGCUUUCAUUUAAGGGAGGGUAUUUUUCGAAAGUGGUCCAAAACGUGUAUAAGUGGUUCAUACACGAUGCUAUUUCAAGGGCAAAUUUUGUCAAAAAUAAAGUUAUCUCUCAAGGAAAGAUGUUUGUAGAGAGAGUUUCCAACAUUGCUGUUAGAUUUACUACUAAUGAUCUUAUAACAAUGUAUGAUGAAAUCAUUUCUACUAUUGAUAAAGAAACAGAGAAACAAAACAUGAAGUUUAAAAAACCAUUAGUAUGUGACAUACUUUUAUACACAUUUGCCCGUGCCUUUCCUAUUUUUGAUAAAAUGGAAGACCGUUAUGUUGAAGAGCGUGAUAUUCUACGGAAUCUUGAAAAAACAUUAAGACCAAGGCUGGAAAAGUAUUUUAUCAACCUUUGCAAAGAGAUGGAGAAAGAAGUUUUGGCUGCUACAUCAUUGGUUGACGUGCUUCGCGAGCCUAUAAAAUCAAAACUUAACAAAGGCAUUGUAACAGCAGUUGAUACUAAGCUUUUGACAAAAAGCAUGUUUCUUAGCAAGGCUCACUUUCAUGCCACUGUUUUGAUUCAACUUGGAGAAAACCCUAGUUUUGAAUUGUUUGUUCCUUAUUUAAAGAAUCCUAUUCAAUUUUUGGAAAAUAAAUUAAAGGAAUACGUGGAAGACUUUUGCUUGAACACAGAAUCGAAACUGGUGCGAUCUCUGUUAAAAGAUGAGGGAGAGAGGCUGAAGUCAAAUAUUUUUUCUGCCAUUGAAGACGCAAAUAAGAAAGCUAGAAAUGAAAUCGAACGAGGAAGCGAGAGUUGGAAAGUAAUGAAUUGGAUUGAAAAGUUUGUGGAACAGUGUCCUUCUCUUGCCAUCACGAAAGAAAUGUUUGGUUUUGCUACAUUGGAUGAAGAUUUAAAAGAAACGGAUUUAUUUGACAAAAAAGUUCGUGAGUUUGUCGAAGACUUUGUACAAAUCCUUACUGAUGCUGAACUGGAUAGUGAAACUAUUAGUAAUUGGCAGCCAGCACCCCACAAAAGGCUUUCAAAGUUACUGCUUGAGUGUCAGGCUGUUUGUCCUUUUUGUAAAGCUUUGUGUGAUCAGACUAUGGAUUACCAACAAUACUCGACAAAUUUACACCGUCCUCUGGGUUUGGCAGGUCAUUACAAUUCCAAAACUAAGAUUUUGAUUUCCGAUAUUUGUACAUUUCUUGUAGCCGGAAAUGACACAUUUAAAAACAUUGACACAAAUUGGCAACCCCAUCCAUACAAAGAUUAUCAGUCAGUAAACGAUUACUACAAAUCGUGGAAAAUUCCUCCAGAUCGCUCAUAUGAAAAUUCUAAAUAUUGGCAGUGGUUCAUGGUAAAGUUCUCGAAACAACUGGCGAAACAUUAUGAAGCAAAGGAAGCCAAAAUACCUUCGAGUUGGAAAAGUGUGACCUUCAGUGAGGCCGUAAAACAACUGAAGGAGCAAUACAACUUAUAA